CUCGCCACUGCUAUACCAAUCGCCCUAAUCGCGUCCCUGGAGCGGGCAGCUACCGCUACAAAUGGCUCCCUCAGGUACAGGAGCGGCGGCUGGCUAAGGGAGUGCGCCAAGUGGGACCAUGCACGUCGCAGAUUUCUCAUAUCCACCUACUUCGACGGAGGAGUCGCUGAGAUCCGCCUCCCCGCCAUCUUCGAUGGCUCCGAUGGCUCCGAUGGCUCCGACCUCCAAGAGCGCACAUUCAUCGCCGACGCUGAUGUCGCGGGAAACGUAUCGUUGGGCAUCUUAAUCGAUGCGAAGCGAGACCGGCUCCUUGUCGUGUACGCUGAAGUCAUGGGAUUAUCCUCGUCGGCGGUUGCAGCUUACGGCCUUGAGUCCGGCGAGCGCUUCUUCCUUACUCGCCUCAGCCGUCCAGGUGCGCCGCUCUAUCUCCUACCCCACCUCUCUCUUCUCUUACUUCAAACUGAACUCACUGGCGUCGUUUGAUUUGGGUUGGACUGGACAGGUAAAUAAUCAUAUUAAUAAAAUACUUUUUUAAAAUAAGUCAUGCGCUAUAUCUAAGUAAGAUA